UUUGACCAAAAACAUCAAGUAAGCCAUACGAUUAUCAAUCAAAAACCUGACGAUGGAAAGUUGACUAUACCCGUUGUAUAUAAUGUCGGGGUUGAGAUGAGGAGUGCGACGUGCCGGCACCGGCCUAAGUGGUAUUGCGUGAUUCUCCCGCAACUGUCGCCAUCGGUAUCUUUAUAUGAUUCGCUAUAUCGUGAACCCUUAUAAAUAACCACAUCUCAAGUCCAAAAACCGACGUAGAUUCUAGAUAAACCAGUUUUGUAUAAUCCCCGCAACUGAUCAUCAAGAUGCCUACAGAAUUCAUCAGCUUAACAUUCCCUAACCCGUCUACGGACAUCAACCCCAUCCCUAACUCCUCUAUUGACCCGGAUUUCCUGGAGCGAUAUGCCCGGAAUCUAGACGACUAUGCCUUCAACUACACCCUAGUCCCGUACGACUCCUCGUACUAUGACCCCUGGACCAUCGGCGCCACCAUCGCCGCCAAGACCAAGAACCUCAAGAUCAUCAUCGCACUCCGCCCUAACACACUCUACCCCACAGUCGCCGCCAAAGCCCUAGCAACGCUGGACCAGCUCAGCCGCGGGCGCGCCGUAGUGCACUUCAUCGCAGGCGGCAGCGACGUCGAGCAAGCGCGAGAAGGGGACUUCCUCAACAAAGAGGAGCGAUACGGGAGGUUAGAGGACUACAUCAAGAUCCUGAAGCGCGCGUGGGCGUCGGACGAGCCGUUCGACUGGGACAGCAAGUACUACCAAUUCAAGGGGUUCUCGAACAAAGUGCGGCCCGUCAACGGGAAGAACAUCCCCGUGUCCGUCGGCGGGUCGUCCGACGACGCGUACAGGAUCGGCGGAAGCCUCGCGGAUAUCUUUGGGCUCUGGGGCGAGCCGCUGAAGGAGACGAAGCAGCAGAUCGAUCGCAUUUACGAGGAGGCGAAGAAGGCCGGACGCGCGGAUGAUGAUAGGCCGAGGAUUUGGGUCACGUUUCGCCCGAUUGUGGCGGAGACGGAGGAGUUGGCUUGGGCGAAGGCCCAUCGGACCCUGGAUUUGUUGAAGGCGGCACGGAAUGAUAGCCGGGGUCGCCCGAAGCCGGAGACGCCGGCCGCGCCGCAGAAUGUGGGGUCUCAGCGGUUGCUGGAGAUCGCGAGUAAGGGCGAGGUGCAGGAUAGGGCGCUGUGGUACCCGACUGUGACGGCGACGAACGCGCGGGGCGCGUCGACGGCGUUGGUGGGUUCCGUGCAGACGAUUGUUGAUUCGCUGCUUGAUUACGUUGAUUUGGGCGCGGAGUUGAUUUCGAUCCGUGGGUAUGAUAACUUGAAUGAUGCGAUUGAUUAUGGACGAUAUGUCCUGCCGAAGGUGCGGGAGGCGUUGAAAGAGAGGGAGGGUAAGACUAAUGGGACUCAUUAGUAGGAUAUAGGAUAUAGCACCUACCUACCUACUUAGUGUACAGAGCAUUUGUAGGCUUUCGUUGAGAAUACAUGUUAAAUGACAUAUUCCUACUAGUUUAUCGUGAGAUGUGUUUGAGAUAGCGAGGGAGGAAUAGGGGUUAGGGGUUUUGUGUACCUACCUCGAGAUGAAUACCUACCAGGUACAUGUGAUUUAUCCCACAAUUCACUUCUACU